GAUGGCAGCGCCCUGUGUGUGCUAUACUUGGAUGUCGGUCGUGUUGCAUCAUUUAUUUGUAAAGUAAGUGAACACUGAAAUAUUUCACUAUUUAAGUGGGUAUCCGGUAUUUGUUAUAGCUGAAGAGUUUGUGUCGAAACGCAUUGGGACUUCGGAGGACAUCAAGCGGCUAAAAAGUGAUCACCAGUUUGAGAUGAUGAAUACAUAGUACAUGAAUGUUCUGCCUUACAACACUAGCUACCUGGUCGAGUCGCAGUAGAGCUGGCUGCAUCAGUCUGCCUAAGCUGUUGAUGAAAUCAUCCAAGAUGCAGGGAUGUAACCAAAGCCAGUCGGCAAUGGUCUUUCAAAAUCUCCAUGAACCUCGGGGAAGCUCCUCAAGGAAUCAGUCUUCACAGCCAGGCAUCAAUCCUCCAGGCGUCUUUGGACAAGGUGUGACAAGUCAGGAGAACAUUAAUACAAACACCAUGAAAGACGCAAGACCAUGUACCUAUCAGCAGUCAAAGUGGCCACCCAGCUACUUUCCUCAUCCCCCAGCUACCUCGUUUCAUUCUAGAAGCCACCGUCCAAGGUCUCCUUAUGAGCAGCCGCAGUCCAGGCAGAGCUUGCAUAGCAGCUCAACAGACCGGAGGAAGCAGAUAGACACAGGAAAAUCUGCAUCCACCUCAAGCUCUAACCGAGCAUCAUCAUCCCACAGUGAUCAAAGAGGUGUUGAGGGUGGAAGUAGUGCGUCGGAUAACCAAGGAGAAGAAGACCCUUCAGAAAAAGCUCCAAGGCCGGAUUUGUCGAAAUUUUGUCGGAAAUGGACGACCACAUCCUUCGGUCGUCAACGGAGAGAACCCGGGCAGACAUCGGACUUUGAGGUGACCAUUCUCAGCUACAACGUGCUAGCUCAAUGCCUCAUUGAGAGCAACAUGACACUCUACCAGCAUUGCCAUAGUGACUUCCUCCGCUGGAGAUUUCGGAAGAAAAACCUAUUAAGAGAAAUCAAAGAAGCUGAUGCUGAUAUACUUUGCCUCCAGGAGAUCCAGGCCUGCCAUUUAUAUGAUUUCUUCGCACCUCAGUUGGAGAAAUUAGGCUAUACGGGUAUUUAUCAGAAGCGCACAGGAGACAAGAAUGACGGGUGUGCCAUCUUCUACAAAGUUGACAAGCUGGUCCAGGACAAAACAAGAAGGGUUAGCUUCUACAUGCCAAACAUUCAGUUGAUGGAUCGGGACAAUGUUGCCCUCAUAGCACUGCUCCGCCCAAAGGCGUGGCCAGAGGAUGGACCCAAGCUCUGUGUGGCCACAACCCACCUUCUAUACAACCCUAGACGCGGUGACAUCAAGUUGGCUCAGCUGGGUAUGCUGCUAGCCGAGAUUGACAGUAUGGCCGCGAUCACCUCCCCACCGCCGACCCACCAUCAGAAACCUUCAUACUACCCGGUCAUACUCUGUGGUGACUUCAACAGCACUCCACAUUAUCCACUCUUUAACUUCAUUAAGUACAGAGAGCUGAAUUAUGUAGGUCUGCCACGGACCAAGGUUUCAGGUCAAGAAACCGGUCGAAGGAUAGGGGACUCAUUAUACUGGCCCCUAUGGCCCUAUGAAGUUGGGGUGACAGAUACUUGCCAGUUCAGAAGUGUCAUCAGAGAACGCCUUAGACAUGAUCAACGUAAAAAAAUGAAGUACGGUAAAAAGUCAGGUUCAGGAGACACACCAGUGUUAUCGGAGAACUGGGAGAAUGAAUUUGCAGAGAGUAUACGUCACUCCUUUCCGUUAGAAUCCGUUCACUCCCACAAGGAGGGCUUUCUGGAGGUGACCACCAACCAUUCCAGCACCAACUGUGCCGUGGACUACAUCUUCUACUCUAAGUCUGGAAAUGAUGACGAGGCGGCAUCUUCAAGACGUUGUCCGUCGAACAGGCUUGGUGGGCUGAAGCUCCUUGGCUACAGGUCUCUACUGACUGACGAGGAGGCAAAUGAGAUGGGAGGACUGCCUAACCAUGUGUGGUCCUCGGAUCAUUUCAUGUUGCUGGCUAAAUUCUUGCUUACUUCUGGGAAGUAAGAGGAACACAACUCAUCUGGGCCCAAUUUCAUAAAGCUGACAAAUUUCUUUGCUAAGCAAUUAUUGAGUGGGGCACC